AUGCCGUCCCGGGCCGAGGACUACGAGGUGCUGCACACCAUUGGCACGGGCUCCUAUGGCCGCUGCCAGAAGAUCCGGAGGAGGAGCGACGGGAAGGUAUUAGUUUGGAAAGAACUUGACUAUGGCUCCAUGACGGAGGUUGAGAAACAAAUGCUUGUUUCUGAAGUGAACUUGCUUCGUGAACUGAAACAUCCAAACAUUGUCCGCUACUAUGACCGAAUUAUUGACCGGACCAACACAACACUGUAUAUUGUAAUGGAAUAUUGUGAAGGAGGGGACCUGGCUAGUGUGAUUACAAAGGGAACCAAGGAAAGGCAAUACUUAGAGGAAGAGUUUGUUCUUCGAGUGAUGACUCAGUUGACCCUGGCCCUGAAGGAGUGUCACAGACGAAGUGAUGGUGGCCACACCGUGCUGCAUCGGGACCUGAAGCCAGCCAACGUUUUCCUGGACGGCAAGCAAAACGUCAAACUCGGAGAUUUCGGGCUGGCUAGAAUAUUGAACCAUGAUACGAGUUUUGCAAAAACAUUUGUUGGAACCCCGUAUUACAUGUCUCCAGAGCAAAUGAAUCGUAUGUCCUACAAUGAGAAGUCUGAUAUCUGGUCCCUGGGUUGUUUGCUGUAUGAAUUGUGUGCAUUAAUGCCUCCGUUUACAGCUUUCAACCAGAAAGAACUGGCUGGGAAGAUCAGAGAAGGCAAAUUCAGGCGAAUUCCCUAUCGAUUCUCUGAUGAAUUGAAUGACAUUAUUACGAGGAUGUUGAAUUUAAAGGAUUACCAUCGACCUUCCGUGGAAGAAAUUCUUGAGAACCCUUUGAUAGCAGACUUGGUUACCGAAGAGCAGAGGAAAAAUCCCGAGAGAAGAGGGCGGCGGUUGGGAGAGUCCCAGAAAGUGCCGGACUCCAGCCCGGCCAUGAGCGAGCUGAAGCUGAAGGAGGUGCAGUUACAGGAGCGAGAGCGGGCCCUGCAAGCCCGAGAAGAGCGACUGGAGCAGAAGGAACGGGAGAUUUGUAUCCGGGAGAGACUGGCAGAGGAUAAGCUGGCGAGAGCGGAGAGUCUGGUGAAGAAUUACAACCUGCUAAAGGAGCAGCAGCUCCUGGCUCUGGCAAGUAAUCCAGACUUUGAUCAUACAUCCUCGGUGAUGAAGAAGAAAGUUCAUUUCAGUGGAGAAAGUAAAGAGAACAUCAUGAGGAGGGAGAAUUCAGAGAGUCUGUUGGCCUCAAAAUCCAAGUGCAGAGACCUGAAGAAAAGGCUGCAUGCUGCUCAGCUGCGCGCACAGGCCCUGUCUGACAUUGAGAAAAACUACCACCUCAAAAGCAAGCAGAUCCUGGGCAUGCGCUAGCCUGGCGGCGAUCCGAGCCUCUGUAGCCUCACACACUUGGUCCCGGAGCCGUGCCUCCCGCGCAUGACAAGCACGCGCUUUGGAGUUGCCUUUGCUGUGCUUCAGCACCGAUUGAGGAACGCUCCGUGUUCAGUUUUCCCUCCGCCAGUAGCUGAGAACGUAGGAAGGAUUGACACUUCCUGGUCGGCCAGGCUUCUAAUCUCAUGUGCGGUUGCUGCUGGAGACAAGAGAUGGCGCCUUCUCCCUCUUGAGAGGGAACGCAUGUAAGUCCCGCCAAGGGCACCGACGGAGGAGUUUUCAAAGUCCAAGCUCACCGUUGUCAGGUGUAGAUUUUAAGUCUGAGGUCUGAAAGGUUCUUGAGCUUCUUAGAAACCCUGGCUGGUUAAUGUCCCACUGCUCAGCAAUGCAAACCCAUCACCUUUUCUGAAAGCGGGGCACUGUGAUGCCCGCCUUAUUUUGUGUUUCUUUUCACUCUGCUGAACCAUGCGUGUUCAGUGGACUCUGUUUUAAAUAUGUGAGCUGGCUGGUGUGAUAUAAAGCGAUUUUUCGUUUUCCUCUG